GCGCUACCGUCUCUGAGCCCUCCUCUCUCUCUUCUGUGUGCCACCGGCGAGAUCAUAGCAAUUAAGGGAAGAGCGAGUGGGAGAGAGGAGAGGAAAGAACGAAGGAGCGAGAGUGGGGAGAUCGGAGGACGGUCAGAUCGCGAAAUUCCGGCCGACGGGGUUCCGACGAUGAUGCAAUCAGACGGCUCAGAAGACCAGGAGAAAUGGCUCGCGGAGGGGAUCGCCGGCCUGCAGCAGAACUCCUUCUACAUGCACCGCGCCCUCGACUCGAACAACCUUCGGGAUGCGCUCAAGUACUCGGCGCAGAUGUUAUCCGAGCUCCGGACGUCGCGCCUCUCACCGCACAAAUACUAUGAACUUUAUAUGAGAGCGUUUGAUGAGUUGCGGAGAUUGGAGAUGUUCUUCAGGGAGGAAAUUAAGCGGGGCUGCUCUAUUGUGGACUUGUACGAGCUCGUGCAGCACGCUGGGAACAUUCUGCCUAGAUUGUAUCUGCUCUGCACGGUAGGAUCAGUGUACAUCAAGUCAAAAGAGGCUCCUGCUAAAGAUGUGCUGAAAGACCUUGUGGAGAUGUGUCGGGGAGUUCAGCAUCCUAUACGUGGUCUUUUCCUGAGAAGUUAUCUUUCUCAAAUAAGUAGAGACAAAUUACCUGACAUUGGAUCUGAAUAUGAAGGGGGUGCUGACACUGUUAUUGAUGCUGUGGAGUUUGUGUUACAAAAUUUCACCGAGAUGAAUAAACUUUGGGUGCGCAUGCAACAUCAGGGACCUGCCAGGGAAAAGGAGAAAAGGGAGAAAGAAAGGAGUGAGCUUCGGGACCUUGUUGGGAAAAAUCUGCACGUUCUCAGUCAGUUAGAGGGUGUUGACCUUGAUAUGUACAAAGAAACUGUACUGCCAAGAGUUCUCGAGCAGGUUGUCAAUUGUAAGGAUGAGAUUGCACAAUAUUACCUGAUGGAUUGUAUCAUCCAAGUCUUCCCAGAUGAAUAUCACUUGCAAACCUUGGAAACAUUGCUUGAUGCCUGCCCGCAGCUUCAGCCAACUGUCGACAUCAAAACAGUGUUAUCUCAGUUAAUGGAAAGAUUAUCCAAUUAUGCAGCUGCGAGCACAGAAGUUUUACCUGAAUUUUUGCAAGUUGAAGCAUUUGCAAAAUUAAGUGCUGCCAUUGGUAAGGUCAUAGAAGCACAGCCAGACAUGCCUAUUGUUGGAGCUAUAACUCUCUACGUAUCACUUCUUACAUUUACUCUAAGGGUUCAUCCUGACCGACUUGAUUAUGUUGACCAAGUACUGGGUGCUUGUGUUAAAAAACUUGCUGGCAAAGGGAAGAUUGAUGAUAGCAGAGCGACAAAGCAAGUUGUUGCACUUCUGAGUGCUCCCUUGGAUAAGUACAACAAUAUUGUUACUGCACUGAAGCUCUCCAAUUAUCCACGAGUCAUGGAUUACCUUGACUAUGGGACGAAUAAAGUCAUGGCUGUGUUUAUUAUCCAAAGCAUCAUGAAGAAUAAUACACAAAUAUCAAACUCAGAAAAAGUUGAAGCACUAUUUGAGCUAAUGAAGGGUCUGAUACGAGAUAUUGAUGGCACUCCUGAUGAUGAGCAGCUUGAUGAAGAAGAUUUCAAGGAGGAGCAAAAUUCUGUAGCCCGACUCAUACACAUGUUAAUGAAUGACGAUCAUGAGGAAAUGAUGAAGAUCAUAACUACCGUAAAAAAGCAUGUCCUCCAAGGUGGUCCAAGGCGGCUCCCUUUCACCAUUCCACCCCUUGUAUUUUCAGCUCUUAAGUUGGUAAGAAGCUUACAAGGUCAAGAAGGGCAAGGAGCAAGUGAAGAGGGGGAUGUGACACCAAAGAAAAUUUUUCAGUUAUUGACUCAGAUAAUAGAGGCUUUGUCACUAGUGCCUUCUCCAGAACUGGCAUUAAGGUUAUAUUUGCAGUGUGCAGAGGCUGCAAAUGAUUGUGAACUUGAACCUGUUGCAUAUGAAUUUUUCACUCAAGCAUUCAUUUUAUAUGAAGAAGAAAUUGCGGAUUCCAAGGCUCAGGUGACAGCAAUGCAUCUCAUUAUAGGGACACUUCAGAGGAUGAACAUAUUUGGAGUGGAGAAUAGGGACACUCUUACUCACAAAGCCACUGGCUACUCAGCUAAACUGUUGAAGAAGCCUGAUCAAUGUCGUGCAGUUUAUGCUUGCUCGCAUCUCUUCUGGGUUGAUGACCAGGAUGGUGCUAAGGAUGGAGAAAGGGUUCUUCUGUGUUUGAAGCGUGCAAUACGGAUUGCAAAUGCUGCUCAGCAGAUGGCAAAUGUGACACGUGGAAGCAGUGGACCCGUCACAUUAUUCGUUGAGAUUCUGAACAAGUAUCUGUAUUUCUUUGAGAAAGGAAAUCCCCAGAUCACGAGCACAGUAAUCCAGGGAUUAAUUGACUUAAUAACUAAUGAGAUGCAAAGUGACAACAUUGCCCCAGAUCGAUCAGCUGAUGCUUUCUUUGCUAGUACUCUCCGCUAUAUUCAGUUCCAAAAACAGAAGGGUGGUACGAUGGGGGAGAAAUAUGGGCCUAUCAAAGUGUGAUUCAUCGACUGGUUGUACUUUCAGGAGUUUUUCGAAUUCAUGUACGGCAGGACACAGCUCCAUCAACCAGAUGGUAGCAACGGUAUUAAGCCACCAUUGCAGGUGGUCCAAAGCUGUUAAAAGAUUUCUUAUUGGAUAGGUGCAAAAGUUGAUGUGGUGGCAGCGGAAGAAGGUAAUCUUCUGAGUUUGCAGUACGAUCCUCUUUCCUUUUUCGGAGGUAAAGGUGGGGAGAGUGGCCAAGCUGUCCAUUUUCAAUGCUAAUGUUGUACAGUGUUUUGUUCUGCAAUUUCUUCAUGGAAUAAUGUCCUGGCUUUUUGGGGAAGCAACACAAUCAUUCAACUAGUGUAUCAUGUUUGAAGAGCUUUCGAGUGUUAAUCAAAUAUGUUGCAUUUUUUUCAA